CUAAUAGGUAAUAUUCGCACUUAAGAAGGGUAAUUUCGUCAUUCAGUGCCAGGACCGAUUCCCCUUCACCCCCUUCCACAUUGUUUUAUAUUUUCCUAAAUAAAAGCAUGCUUUUUGCAUAUUAUAUUAUUUAUUAAUUAUUAAUUUGAUAUUAUGCGUUUGGGUUUUCUUCUCCAACGCUAUUUCUGCGGAAUUUCUGUUUUAUAUAUUGAUAACAUACAUACAUACAUAGCUCCGUUAAUUCAAUUUUCUCUCUCUCUCUCUCUCUCUCUCUCCUCUUUUCCUCCUUCUCCCUUUGUUUUCAACGAUACCUGUCUUCUUUCUGCAUUUUGAUCCGAAUAUCCAAUUCUCUCUCUCUCUCUCUCUCUCUCUCUCUCUCUCUCUCUCUCUCUCUCUCUCUCUAUACGCACAUAUAUUCUCUCUCUAGAUCUUCCUCUUUCAGUCAUGGCGUGUUAACAGUUCCAUAUUAGGUGGAUGAAAUUUGAGGUGCCUGGAUAGUUUCUUGCUGAUGAUUUAGAUAAAUUUGAACACUCUGCUCAAGUUUUUAGGAAGGGUGCGCAAGGAGACGGUAGCUGUUUUUAGAUGAUAAUCUGUGCUUGCAGCUAGUAAAGGCUGCACAUAAGCAUGUUGAUAUCAUUUUGGUUGAUAUUUAAUCAUUCGUACAAUGAGAAGCCCGCACUCUAUUACAUAUUGUAUUAUUUGGUGGAUGUAAGCAUAGAUGUGCUCAUACAGCAGAAGAACACUGUUCAAAAAGUGUACAGAACCUCUUUGAAAAGAUUAGAACUCUAUUGAGCUAACUUCGACAGUCCAGUUUUUUUGUAAAUCUAAGAAUGGAAAAAUAUAAAUUUUUGGACGAGCUUGGUGAUGGAACAUGCGGCAGUGUAUAUAAAGCCGUAAAUAUUGAAACAUCUGAGAUUGUUGCUGUCAAGAAAAUGAAGAGAAAGUUUUAUUACUGGGAUGAAUGUGUAAACCUACGGGAAGUAAAGUCCCUCCGCAGAUUAAAUCAUCCAAACAUCAUAAAAUUGUUGGAGAUUGUCAGACAAAACAAUGAGCUUUUCUUCAUAUUCGAGUACAUGGAACACAACUUAUACCAAAUAAUGAAAGAUCAGCAAAGAUCUUUCUCAGAGGAAGAGAUUCGAGUUCUGAUGUCUCAGGUGCUGCAAGGACUUGCACAUGUCCAUAAACAUGGAUAUUUUCAUCGGGAUCUUAAACCUGAGAAUUUGCUGGUUACAAAUAACACAAUAAAGAUAGCUGACUUCGGACUGGCUAGAGAAUUGUCAUCUACGCCUCCUUAUACUGACUAUGUUUCUACUCGCUGGUAUCGAGCUCCAGAGGUAUUGUUGCAAUCUGCAUCCUAUACCCCUGCCAUUGGUAUGCAAAGCUAUAUUAUUCACUCCCGCUUCCUGUCAUUCUAUUCUAUAGUUUAUGGAAUUGCUGUAUUCUGUUGUUUUAUUCCUGGUUGUUCUCUCUCAAUAGUGGUUGAUUAUUGCGAAUGCUUGUGUUGUAAAUGAUUGUUGUCUCGCAAAAUUUUAUAUUUACAAAAUUUGUGCAAGACUAGAUGAAACUUGGCACUUUGAUUUUAUCAUCGAUUUUUAAUAUAUAUGCUUCCAUGAGAAGAUAUGU